AUGGGCGGCAACCCCGAACGCACCCCCUCCCCCUCCAGGCGGGAGCCUACACCAGAGAACAUGACCAUGAUGCAAGGCUUCGAAUGGUACAUCCCCGCCGACCAACAACACUGGGCCCGCCUCACGAAAGCCCUCCCCCAGCUGAAAGAAUUCGGCAUCGACAACAUCUGGAUCCCCCCCGGAUGCAAAGCCUCCUCCAAAAACGGCAACGGCUACGACAUCUACGACCUCUACGACCUGGGCGAGUUUGACCAAAAGGGCACCAUCUCCACGAAAUGGGGCACCAAAAGGGAGCUCGUCAGUCUUUGCAAUAAAGCGAAGGAGCUCGGCGUGGGGAUCUACUGGGAUGCGGUCCUCAACCACAAGAUGGGCGCUGAUCACAAGGAGCGGUGUCCUGUUGUCGAGGUUGACGAGAAUGAUAGGACAAGGGUGGUUAGUGGCAAGUAUGAGAUUGAUGCCUGGGUUGGGUUUGAGUUUCCGGGACGAAAGGAGCAGUACAGCAGGAUGAAGUGGCAUUGGUAUCAUUUUACCGGGGUGGAUUUUAACGCCGAGAAUGGGAAGAAGGCGAUAUACAAGAUUGCGGGUGAGCAAGGGGAGGGAUGGGCGAGUGAGUGGGAUGGGGAUGUCGAUGAUGAGAAGGGGAAUUAUGAUUUCCUCAUGGGCUCCGACAUCAACCAUGAGCACCCUGAGGUGAGGGAGGACAUCAUGCGGUGGGGGAGCUGGCUUGCGAAUGAGAUUCCGAUCAAGGGGAUUCGGUUUGAUGCUGUCAAGCACUUUAGCGAGGACUUUUUGCGCGAGUUUAUUAAGAAUAUGGACGAGGAAUUUGGGCCGGGGUGGUUCUUUGUGGGGGAGUUUUGGAAGGAUUCGUUGCAGGACAUGAACGACUACCUGGCAAGGAUGAAGUACAAGUUCUCCUUGUUUGACGCGCCAUUGGUUCAUAACUUUAGCGACAUCAGCAGGGCCAAUGGGGCUGACCUCAGAAAGGUGUUUGACGACACCUUGGUCCAGGCGCAGCCUGUCUCGGCGGUUACAUUGGUGAUGAACCACGAUACCCAACCCUACCAGGCCCUCGAAGCUCCCAUUGAGGGCUGGUUCAAGCCUCUGGCCUAUGCUCUCAUCCUCCUGCGCGACCGAGGCUACCCUUGCGUGUGGUACGGUGACUUGUACGGCAUCCAAGGCGAGCACCCCUUCCCUCCCUCCUGCGGUGGUGAUCUCCCGAGGAUCAUGCUAGCCCGCAAGCUGUAUUCGUACGGCCAGCAAGCCGACUACUUUGACUACCCUACCUGCAUCGGCUGGGUGCGGUAUGGUACCUGGGACAGGCCGUUUGGCUGUGCCGUGGUCAUGAGCAACGCUGGGCCGGGAAGCAAGAGAAUGCAUGUUGGUGAGAUGCACGCGGGGGAGGUAUGGACUGAUGUUAUGGGGUGGAAUGAUGCCAAGAUCAAGAUUGGGGAUGAUGGGUUUGGUGAGUUUGUGUGUGGGCAGACGAGCAUGAGUAUUUGGGUGAAUGAGAAGGCGAAGGAUCGGGCGAGGUUUGAGAAGGAGUUUGAUGCCGACAUCUACAGGAUACCCUAUGACGAGUCGGGCUCUACCUCUUCGUAG